CAGAGACCUCUACUCUGCAGUGAGAGCAGCAGUAGCAGUGGCUACAACACACAUCAGCAGCAGUGGCUACAACACACAUCAGCAGCAGUAGCAGCAGCAGCAUCAGUGGCCACAUCACACAUCAGCAGCAGCAUCAGUGGCUACAACACACAUCAGCAGCAGAAUCAGUGGCUACAUCAGCAGCAGCAGAUCAUCUCCUGCUGUUCCGCAGCAGCAUCAGAAUCGGGCAGCAGUAGAAACAACAACAGCAGCAGCAACGAACGACGUUCAACGUCUGUGCCAAGUUGAAAGAGCAGUUUUUGGGGGGCAAGGAACAGCGUUAACAAAAAAUAAUUGAAACAGCAGCAGCAGCAGCACAACAACAAAAACGACGAGUACAAGCAAGCAAGCAUCAGCUGCUGCUGCUGCUGUUUGCUCAUGCUGAUCUCUCUAAGCAGACGCUGCUGCUGCUGCUACUAACAUCACGCGCGUCUCUUCCCAGCUGAUGCUGCUUCACUCUUGACAAGUUGCCGAGUCGACAGACAGCGGACAGAGAGAGAGCAGAGAGACGCGUCGGUUGUUGAGAGCAUCACAGAGAGUCUGAAACUAGGGAGACACCAUGGUGUACGGCAUCACAGCGCGGCUGCAGAGGCAGCUGGACAAGGCGGAAGGCGUAGGCACCACGAGCGAGAGGUCCAGCAAACACCUGGGCCAGGACUUCGAGAAGAUCCGGGGCUGGUGCCUGCAGAACGGCACCCUCUUUGAGGACGACCGCUUCCCCGCCACGGCCAGCUCCCUCGGCUUCAAGGAGCUGGGACCCGGCUCGUCCAAGACACGUGGAGUGCAGUGGCGUCGGCCUACGGAGAUAUGCUCAAACCCGCAAUUCAUUGUGGGAGGAGCGACGCGCACGGACAUCUGCCAAGGCAGCUUGGGCGACUGCUGGCUGCUGGCGGCUAUCGCCUCCCUGACGCUGAACGAGAAACUGCUGGCGCGAGUCGUACCCUCGGGCCAAGAGUUCACCGGUGGCUACGCCGGUAUCUUCCAUUUCCAGUUCUGGCAGUUUGGCGAGUGGGUGGACGUGGUGAUCGACGACCGCCUGCCCGUCAAGUCCGGGGAGCUCGUGUUCGUCCACUCGGCCGAAGGGAACGAGUUCUGGAGCGCGCUGCUCGAGAAGGCCUAUGCCAAAAUGAACGGCUCGUACGAAGCCCUGACCGGGGGCAGCACGAGCGAGGGCUUUGAGGACUUUACGGGCGGUGUCACCGAGACGUUCACCCUCUCCAAGGCGCCCCAUAACCUCUGGAAACUCCUCAACCAGGGCGUGCAGAGAGGCUCGCUCAUGGGCUGCUCCAUCGACAUAACGAGCGCGGCCGACACGGAGGCCAUCACGACGUGGAAGCUGGUGAAGGGCCACGCCUACUCCGUCACGGGUGUGGACCAGGUGUACCACAACGGAGGCAUGGUGAAGCUCGUCCGUAUCCGAAACCCCUGGGGCCAAGUCGAGUGGGUCGGCCCGUGGAGUGACAGCUCGCGGCAGUGGAACGAGGUGUCGGACGACGAUCGGGAUCGGCUCAUGGUCAAGAGUGAAGAUGGCGAGUUCUGGAUGUCGUACGACGACUUCUUGCGCCAGUUCUCACGGCUGGAGAUCUGCAACCUGACGGCGGACGCACUCUCGGACGAUAAUCUCCACUUCUGGAGCUCCGUGGUGCACGAGGGCAGCUGGGUGCGCGGCUGCAGCGCCGGCGGCUGCCGAAACUUCCCGGACACUUUCUGGAGCAACCCGCAGUUCCGGCUGAGCCUGCUGGAGGAGGACGACGACCCCGAGGACGACGAGGAGGGCUGCACCGUCGUGGUGGCGCUCAUGCAGAAGGACCGACGCAAGCAGCGCCGGCAGGGCCGCGACCUCCUCACCAUGGGCUUCGCCAUCUACCAGGUCCCACAGUCGCACGUGGGGCAGCCGCAGCUGAAGCUGAAGAAGGACUUCUUCCAAUUCCACGCGUCCAAGGCACGCUCCGAGGUGUUCAUCAACACUCGCGAGGUGUCCCAGCGCUUCCUGCUGCCCCCGGGCGAGUACAUCGUCAUGCCCUCCUCCUUCGAGCCCAACCAGGAGGCCGACUUCAUCCUGCGCGUCUUCUCGGAGAAGCAGCAAGCGGUGGAAAAAAUGGACGAUGACGUCGACAUUGUAAUGCCCGAGUUGGACUUGGAGGUGCCAGUGGACCCGGCCUUCGUCAAUGUGUUUGCCAGGCUCGCCGGAGCGGACAACGAGAUCAGCCCCACGGAGCUGCGGGACAUCCUCAACCGCGUUGUGGGAAAACAUGCCGACCUCAAGACGGACGGCUUCAGCCUGGACGCCUGCCGCAACAUGGUGUCACUCAUGGACAGGGACGGCAACGGCAAGCUGGGCAUCAAGGAGUUCAACUUCCUGUGGCAACGCAUCAAGACGUGGCAGCAAAUCUUCCGACAGUUCGACAUGGACCACUCGGGAAACAUGAACGGGUACGAGUUCCGCCUCGCUCUGGCUGAAGCAGGCUUCCGUCUGAACGACCAGCUGACACAGACCAUCACCAUGCGCUACAUGGAGGAGAGCGGAGUCAUCGACUUCGACAACUACCUGUGCUGCCUCGUGCGGCUCGAGACCAUGUUCCGGAUAUUCCAGGCCCUCAACAAGGAUGGUGAUGGAACAAUUAAGCUCAAACUGCCCGAGUUCCUGAACCUCACCAUGUUCGGUUGAGGAGGGAGAGGAGGCGCGGGGGAAGCGAGCAGCAGGAACGCAGCAGCGACGGCAACAGAGAUCGGAUGUCAGCUGGCGCAUGAGCUCCAGCUCGUGCACGCUCCUACACGCGUGUGUGUGUGUGUCUUCGUUCGCGUGCAUGUGUGACAGUGUCGGCGUGUUGCCUACCCGAGUGUGCUCGUGCGAGUGAAUGCGUGGGGUAGAGCUGUCGGAGAGCUACAGUGAGUGGUGAGCGUGCUGCGCUGCACACCCAGCAAACCAAGUUCGAUGCCCGGCCAAAGUUCACGUCUGUGACUUAAAUGUGAAUUGGUCCUAGGCCUCCCCUAGGUCGGCUCGUACAUAAAUGAUUACCCUGGUACGGUGUGUAAACGCAAAGGCGGCAGCUGGAAGCGAUGCUGGCCACAACACCCCCUUGUUCGCAUUGCCUGUGUAUGUUGAACUUAUUUCGCACCGUGCUCGCUAACAGCACUUGCCUUAACAGUCUGUAUGGCCAUAAGGGGGGGGGGGGGGUAUCUGUUUGUGAGUGAGUCGGUUGCUAUCCGUAUCGAGCUGCAGAGUGCGAGCGCGUGCGUGCGUUGGGUGAACAGCCGAUGGCGGGACACCCACCUCGCCAAAAACCACACACCGUCACGGCGCAGCGCCGGCCUUAAUAGGUGCUCGCUAAUCUAGCAACUCGUGCCUCACCGGGCCAAAUGGAGGCCAAACAAGCGGGGGGGGGGGGGGGGGCAGCAUGUCUAUGCUUGUAUGCUCUGACACAUGCUUCUCUUACAUGUGUGUGUGACAAGUGCAAGCGAGUGUAUGGUCACACCAAAAGUAUUUCGGGACGCCGACCGUCAUGCAUGUGCACAGUCCUAGUAGGCGAUUCACGCCGCCUCGAAUCGCCGGCGUGCGUGUCUUGUACGUACGUGGGUGGCCAGCCGUGCUAAUCGGAGGGUUGCGAGGAGGAGGAGGGGAGGACAACAAACAAAACACGAACGAGCAGUUCUCAAUCAGUGGUGGGCAACCGUGCGGGGCCUCGUGCGGGGCCUCGUGCCCUCCCGCGGAGCCCCUCGUGAUGGCCCGCCGGUGUCGGUGUCUCGAUGUCGAUGGCGUGGGGUGGGGUGGGGGGCGGCGGUCACGCUCGGUGCACGACCGCGACGACGUCGAAGCUUUGCGGCCCACCGGGGGUGCAGGAGGGGGGGCCUGCUCGUGAGGCCCGCCGACCAUGAUCCGGGUUGCCCGCCGAUUGUGGUCCGGAUUGCCCACCGUGGUUUUGGUUGCCCGCCGUGGUUUUGGUUGCCCGCCGUGGUUUUGGUUGCCCGCCGUGGUUUGGGUUGCCCGCCGUGGUUUGGGUUGCCCGCCGAUUGUGGUCCGGGUUGCCCGCCGUGGUCCGGGUUGCCCGCCGUGGUUUUGGUUGCCCGCCGUGGUUUGGGUUGCCCGCCGUGGUUUGGGUUGCCCGCCGAUUGUGGUCCGGGUUGCCCGCCGUGGUCCGGGUUGCCCGCCGUGGUUUUGGUUGCCCGCCGUGGUCCGGGUUGCCCGCCGUGGUUUGGGUUGCCCGCCGAUUGUGGUCCGGGUUGCCCGCCGUGGUUUGGGUUGCCCGCCGUGGUCCGGGUUGCCCGCCGAUUGUGGUCCGGGUUGCCCGCCGUGGUUUGGGUUGCCCGCCGUGGUUUGGGUUGCCCGCCGUGGUUUGGGUUGCCCGCCGUGGUCCGGGUUGCCCGCCGUGGUUUGGGUUGCCCGCCGAUUGUGGUCCGGGUUGCCCGCCGUGGUUUGGGUUGCCCGCCGCUGGUCUCGAUUGUGGAAAUUCGAAUCAAAAGGUGGCGAAAAACCCUGGGCGCGAGCCCAUCGGGGGAGGGGGGGUCUCUCUGCUGCAGUGCCACACACAAAAAAUGGGUGGGGAGGGGGCGUCCGAUGCGUUUUGAAAACCUGACAGAGGUCGUUUAAAUGCAGUAUAUACGCACGCGCACACAAUGUGCACACGCGUCUACAUAGCUACGCAGUGUAUUCAUGCAAGCGUAUAUAACGAAUAAUGGGGGGGGGGGGGGGUAGGGUUUCUUUUCAUUUACUGCUUACGUUUGGGUAUUUGUCGUUUUCUAAAAAGCACCAAUACGGUGCCAAUCGCACGUUCAGAUUUUUUUUAUUUUAGUUUGGUGGGGUUGGUGGGAUGUUCAUGUGAGCGCGUGUAUCAUUUUUUUUUAAAUUCUCAAAACAUCUCAAGUUUUCAUUGUCCUUAUACCGUGUAUCAUUUUUUGUUCGUUUGCCAUUGUUUAAAUUCGGGCUGUGUUUUCCCACUCACCGUGAGAGUCAUCCCAUCGGCACCCGAUUUGUUGAGUAAGCGCGUGUCCCAGUGACAUUGCUGAAGCGAGGCUCUGGAGCUCAGGGGGAGUCUCCAGCUGGAACACGUGGGCAGCAGCCCCCCCCCUCCCCCGUAGGAAACUGUUCAGCUGCCUUAUCACGCCCUAUCUAGAGUGAGGGGGGAGUGUGUGGUGUGUGUGUUUGUGUGUGCGCCUGAAGCACAGGUGGUGCAUUUGCAAGUCAUCUCAGUCAACCCGUGGCACCUGGGUCUGUCCCGUGACUUCUUGUCAGCGAAACUUUAAAAACUUCAAACGGCUUCAAAGUGCACCUAGCCUGGCACAAGCACCGCGGUGACGUAACCGCCACUUGUAUGGGAGUGGAGCGGUUAGUGCACUGCGAUACAAACGCGGUGACCCUAGUUAGAUUCCCUAUUGUGGUCAACACCAAUGACGAUAAUCUGAACCGGUCCUGGACCUCCCCUAGGUCGACUCGGCCUCAAACGAGUACUUGGCGUGGUGUGUAAACAUCGCCACUGGGGUGACAAAGGCGGCCGGGCGUGGUGUUGGCCACUCAUCCCCAUCAUGUGCUGUGCCGGCCUUCAUAGGUGCUGCUCACUGACGGCACUAACCCCAAAAGUCUGUUAGGGUCUUUGUCUUUGCGUGGUAGAGACCUGCCGUGACUCCAAAGUCGGGCACGAAGUGACUUCCAGCCCAGGCUUCCCAGCCAGGAAUUGCACGCAACCUUGUGGGAGGACAUGUGGUGAUAGCCCAGCACCUACUGGUGCAGUAAACAUCGUUGGAUUCA